UGCCAACUGACUAACUUGUUUGCUAAAACAAAUCUCUUUCACGAGCCCAAAAAUGAAAUUGACUAUUGUCUUUGCUUGUCUCUUGGCUUUGGCCGCUUCCGAGGACAAACCAAAAGCUGAAAAUGAGGACAUUCAAGUCUCCCCUGCCGAUCAGGACGUCGCCGAGUGGCGUCACUUCGGAUAUUUCGGUGGACACGGCGGAUAUUGGAGAGGACGUCGAUCCGCCGAGGAGACCAGCAAACGGGAAGAAGUGGCCGCGGCCGUUGAAGUUUCUGCCGACCAGGAAGCCGACGAAAUGUACGGCCGUCGUUACUACGGCUACUACGGUUUUCCUUACGGCAGUUACGGACAUUGGCGUGGACGUCGUUCUGCUGAAGAAGAAAAGAUUCAAAUGGCCAGCGCCGAUCAGGACGCCAACGAAUGGAACGGCCGAGGUUAUUAUGGCAGCUACCCGUACGGUUAUCGUAGUUACUACGGCGGGUACGGCAAACACUGGUAACAUUUUUGCCCCACAAAUAUUGAUUGAAAACAAGACAACAACCAUUUUGUACACUUUCAUACGAUUAAUAAACAACUCGUUUCGUUUCU